UUGUGAGACUCUCCCCAAGAUUUCAAAGUAUCCUAAGGGACCCCACAUUUCAUUGAAUUAAAUUAUUUUUUUAAUAGUAGGAUUUUGGUGCUGGAAUUCUUUAGCCAACUUUGAAAAUCUCUAGAAUUUUUCUUAGAGCUACUGUAAUGAAUCAGAAUUCUGUGCUUUCUUUUUACAUUGUAGAGAAACAUGGGCAAUUUCAAAGGCCAUGCCCUCCCUGGGAGCUUUUUCCUCCUCUUUGGCUUGUGGUGGUCAGUGAAGUACCCACUAAAGUACGUAUGCCGAAAGAACAAGAAUGCUUGCUACCUUGGUUCCAGGGCAGGAUUUCAGCGCCUGGAAUUCAUUGAGGGGAUCAUCAAAGCAGUGUUUGCCCUGAUUGGUAUGAUUGCUGAGCAGUUUGUUCCUGAUGGACCUCAUUUGAAGUUGUAUAAUUAUGAAGAAAACCACUGGGAUCACUUGAUGAACUGGCAGCAUGCCACCAUGUAUCUAUUUUAUUGCAUCUCAGGGCUGGUUGAUAUUGUAGCUCAUGGAACGAAUGCAUUGCCAGUGGCCAUGGAUAGGAUGAUGCUUUCAUUAGCUGUUUUUGUGGAAGGUUUCCUCUUUUAUUACCACAUACAUGGAAGAGCCAUGUUGGAUCUUCAUGUUCAUCAGUUACUGUUAGUAGCUAUCUUUGGUGCAGCUAUUUGCAUAUUUCUGGAAGUCUUUUUCCGCGGUAGCAUUGUACUAGAGAUGCUCCGUACAAGUCUGUGCAUACUGCAGGGCAGCUGGUUCUGGCAGAUUGGCUUUGUACUGUAUCCUCCAAAUGGAAGCCCAGAAUGGAACCAAAUGGAUCACAAUAAUAUGAUGUUCUUGACGAUGUGCUAUUGCUGGCAUUAUGCCUUUGCUUUUCUUAUACUUGCAGUGAACUACACCAUUGUCAGCUGGAGAGUUCGUUCAAAGAUUAAGCAGGCUCAGUCUGUGGAGAUGGGAUUACUGAAAACAGCUGAGCGAGAUCAGGAAUCAGAAGAUGAAAUCUAGUAUAAAUUCUGUUUUACCAGUUUGCUGCCUUGAGUACAUUAGGUUCAUUGUUACCUCAUUCCUAGAUGUGUUUACCACCUUGUUCAUUUCUUUUAUCACUCACUAUGCAAAAAGCAUCCUUUGAGUACUGUAUAGUUCUACUGGAUUGCAUUCUUGUCUGCAGAGAGGAAGUAAUUUGUGGAAUUUUUGUUACUACCUUAUUUCUCUCGUGCUUCAGUAAAAAAACAUUUUCUUGUUAUCCAAAUUUAUAUUGGAUUGGGUGAUUACUGUAAAUCAGUCAGUUCAAACUCAUUAGUUGCUGAGUGAUGUUCUGCUGCUGCUGUUGGAGAAGCUAAUAGAUUUCCAUGUAUUAAGAUCCCCAAAAAGCUAUUUUGUCUGAAUUGUGCAUAAAAGAACAGUGUA